UUAGUACAUUUUUUCUGAGUUUUACUAAUCAUCAUACAAAAAUAUGACUUCUUUCUUUUCUUUUUUUCUUUUUUCAAACAGCCUGGCAACAAUCUCAACACUUUAUACAAUACCAGAUGGACUAGGAGCUGCAGCAAGCACUAGAGUUUCAAAUGAAUUGGGAGCCGGAAAUGCAAGAGCUGCUUAUAUAUCUGUCUGGUGUGCAAUAUUUAUUUCAACUACAGAAUCAAUUAUAGUAAGCGCAGUUCUGUUCGCAACUAGACAUGUCUUUGGUUAUGUCUUCAGCAAUGACAAAGAAGUUGUAGAUUAUGUCACAACCAUGGCUCCUCUUUUAUGUUUAUCUGUCAUAUUGGACAGCUUACAAGGAACCCUUUCAGGCAUUGCUAGGGGAUGUGGGUGGCAGAAUUUGGGAGCUUAUGUUAAUCUAGUGGCAUACUACAUUUGUGGAAUUCCAGCAGGAGCCAUUUUAGGGUUUUGGUUAAAAUUUAGAGGAAAAGGCCUUUGGGUUGGUUUACAAAUUGGUUCCUUUCUACAAAAUGUUCUGCUUGCUAUAAUAACAAGCUGUACAAAUUGGGAAGAACAGGCAACCAAGGCAAGGGAGAGGUAUUUGAGGGGAAGCAUGUAAGAGAAGAUGGAUUAGAGUGAAAGAAGAAUUUUUGCAAGCAAAAAUUUCUGUCCUUGAACCUGUAAAAAAGGAUUUUCUUCUUGUAAAAAUAGAAACUUUUAAAGUAAAAGGGGACAUGGGAAAACUAAUCCUACCAUGUGAUUAACAGAAGAGUGAUUAUUUUGUAAAAUUAUUUUUUAUCU